ACAGUUUCAGGUGAGAGCAACUGAAGGGAAGCAAAGGUUUUGUGCUGUUUCAGUCUGUCAGGACUCUUGGAAACAACUUUACCUUUGGAAUAUUGCUGAACAGAAAGGUUUACCAAUAUGGUCACUAUGCGAAAGUGCCUUACAUGCUCAAGACUACAGUUGGCUGUGAUGUUUGUGCUAACAGUUUAUCUCAACACAGAUGUCAUAGAGGGUAUUCAGAUAACAUCCACAGGGCCUCAGACCAUUCAGAAAGCCCAGGGGGAGACAGUCACGCUGGGGUGCACCUUCACCCCUGACCCCUCUGACAUAGGAGAACUGGACAUUGAGUGGUUGAACGUCCGUCCAGACAUGACCCAGAAAGACCAGCUGAUCUUAUCUUAUUCAGGAGGCAAAAAAGUGCAUUAUGGAGACCCCAGCUUGUCUACCAGGAUGGACUUCACAGGAGACCCCACACUGGGAGACGCAUCCAUCUCCAUCUCUGCAGUGAAAGCCUCAGACACAGCCACCUACCAGUGCAAAGUCAAGAAAGUGCCGGGUGUCGACAUGCGAAAAGUCACUCUGGUAGUGAUGGUUCCACCAUCAAUGCCUAAGUGCUGGGUUGAAGGUAGCGAGGAGAAGGGGAGCGAUGUCACCCUCCGAUGCAAGUCCUCCGUGGGAUCCAUCCCCAUCAACUAUGUCUGGACCAGAGAGAGUGGAGGGGCCAUCCCGCCCACAGCAACACAAAACUCUCAGACUGGAGAGCUGAUGAUAAGAAAUCACUCAGAGAGCUACAUGGGAAACUAUCUUUGUGUGGUGUCGAAUCCUGUUAGCAAAGUGCAGUGUAAAUGCACCCUGCACGCAUACAACCCUUCCAACAAGGCAGGGACCAUAGUGGGUGCUGUGAUUGGUGGCCUGCUACUGUUGCUCCUCCUCCUGCUUCUCAUCUGGCUUCUGAUCUGCUGCUGCCACAAGCGUCGCUAUGAGAAGGAGGUUGCCCAUGAAAUCAGGGAGGAUGCCCCUGCCCCAGAGAGUCGCCCCGCCAGCAGGAACUCCAGCUUCCGCUCGGUCCUAGGCUACCGCUCCCACCCAGGGGUGGUCUACAGCUCAGUAAGAAAGGGCCAGUCCAAGAGGUCAGAAUCAGGCCACAGCAGCAUCUACACAGACAGGAGCAAAGGCACGCCCGCCCCCAGCAGGCAGCAGGCCCCUCCUCUGUUGAAAUAUGACAGCAGUUAUGGCUACCCUGUGUAACAAUGAUUUGGGUCGGGAUAAGAAACCUCAUCACAUUUUUGAAAUGUCAGUUUAGGACAUUUUACCAAACUUCAGUAUAAACAGCUAUCACAUGCAGGCAUAGACCGCCACAGUUGAGAUGUCAUAAUACCCAUAAAACCUAGCAGUCAAACAGAGAAAUGGUUCCGAUUGUUUUCCUCCAUUUUUCCCAUAGGGGAUUUUAGAAACACUUAAAAUAAGGUCUGUGUUUUGUGUAGGCUUACCCUGGCAUGACGUUUUGAUAAGCAUUUAAAUUUGUCUCGGACAAGGUGACUUUUAUCAAAAUAUUUGGCUCUAUUUUCUCUGUUUGAAAAUGCUAAUUUGCAUCAAAGUAGACAUUAUGCAAGACUACAAAUCAGUGCAAGCUCCUGACACCUUUGCUAACAGGUAAUGUGUCAAUUUUAAAACUUGCACAAGACAGUUCACAGAAUUGUCAGUAUAAAGGAGUUUAGCAAUUUUUUUCAAUUCUACAUUUAGCUAACAUGUAGAUAGUUAAUCGAGAGAUUCUUACCUUUGCCUCGAUUCGGCAGUUUUGUCCAGAUCAUCAUGGUAUUUGUAGUUCUUUAUGAUAGCCACAUACAGGCAAAUAUAUUGAUAAAAGUCACCUUGUCCAAGAGAUAUUUACACGGUUAUCAAAAUGUCACGCCAGGGUAAACCUACACGAAACACAGCUCUUAUUUUAUUUUAAGUGUUUCUAAAAUCCCCUAUGGAAACAAUGGAGGAAAAACGAUUGGAACCAUUUCCCUGUUUGACCGCUAGGUUUUAUGGGUAUUGAGAUUCAUACUGUGGUACUCUAUUAAAGGAUAUGUUUUAUGUAUAAUCUCGUUCCCAGCCAGAGCAUGUGAGGGAGUUGAGCGGUUGGAAAUCCAGACAGGGAGCCUAAGAAGGAACGAAAAUGAAUUAUUUAGGCUAAAUCAUUUCAAGGCUAUAGUCUACAAAAAAUACAUAGUGAAGCAUUUGCGAGUGCGACACAAUAGGCUGGUAGGGACAUAAAGAGCAACCUUUUGUUGUAUUAAAUCAUUGUAGUUUAUUAAUUGCAUAUAUAGGCUGUGAUUUACUUAGAAUUAAAUACAAAAUACACCAAAAAAUGACCUAUUAGUGCCUUUGAAUUUUUUUAAAUACAAGUUUGGCCAGUCUGUGGCUUCAGGCUCAUGCAUAGUGCCUGGAGAGACGGCCAGCAACGGAGAAUACCCUCCCCACACGUGCAGAGCCCCAGGGGAUGCUAAACACCCCUUUGACCACUCUUGCUGGGCAAUAGGUAGGCCUGAAUGUUUUUAGGCUAAAUAACCCAAUCAAAACAGAAAGCUGCUUGAAUGUGUGAAUAUGCCAGGCCUAUUGGGCCAAAAUCAAUUAUGGCCUGUUGUAUAGAUAAUAGAACAAAAAUACACUUAAGGUUUAAGAGAUCAGAUUUUUUGUACCUGUGUGUUUCAUCAGUUUCUUUUUGAAAAUAUUAAGCGAACUCCAUGAUAGUAGCUAUAGUUAGCAGCACACAAGUAGACUGCAAAUGCAUGCUGGGCCGGGCAUGCCCUGAGCUUGUGGAGUGAGUGGUACUGGCCUGAGCUCGUGAAGUGAGAGCGAAAUUGGAGCCUGAGCAGAGCCCUACGCUCCAGCCUUUGGGAAUCACGCUCCAGUCGAAUUGGGAACGCUCUGCUCACAAACUCUGUUCCCAGCCACUUCCACCCGAAGUUUAGCCUGGGGACUAUUGGUGCAAUAGUGCAAUGGAUAAUAUUUGAGUCACGUGUAGCUAAAUUCAGGAUUUUGCAAAUGAGAAAAAAAAGUUAUAUUUAAAGUGUAUGUAUGCAGUGAGUGUCAGAUGUAUGUGAGUGUCAGAUGUAUUUAAAAAAAAUCUAUGUAUGUUUUAAUUUGACCAGGAGACAAGUAACUAAAAUGUUUGUCAUCCUUUCUAUAAUUUCCCAAUAAAGCACUUUUUUUUACUAA